CGAGAUGGCCGCGCCGACACAUAUCAUUGCGCAACGAAAAUGACGGACUCAACGUCGACCUCUCCUCUCGUCCAAAUGACGCAGCAAACCAAGGACGAGCUGGCGCGCUUCGCCACGGCAACCGCUGUCUCGUGCACCUUGGCGACGGCCCUCUUCCCGCUCGACAUGCUCAAGACCCACCAGCAGAGCCACCGUGUCGCUGCGCCCAAGACAUUUCUGCGCUUGGUUACGACGCCAGGCCUCUUGCGCGGGCUGAGCCCGGCCCUCACAGGACUGGUCUCGAGCGCCGCGAUCGCAGUCGGGUCCGAGCACCUCCAAAAGCAAACGGCGACGCCCGAGAACGGCGCCGUUCCUAGCGUGGAAAACAUGCAAUUUACGACUGCUGUCAUGGUCUUGGGCUGCCUCGCGAACGAAGUGGUGAUGGCGCCGACCGAGGUCGUCAAGCAGCGCCUGCAGCUCGGACACUACACCGGCCCCGUCGACUGCGCGCGCUCGGUAUUUCGGCACGAAGGACUCCGAGGCUUCUUUCGCAGCCUCCCGACGGGGCUGGCCUUGACGUCCUCCUACACCGUGAUCGGCGGGGCCACGGCGCUGGCGGUUGCCGACUACAUGCCCAGCUUUCUGGAGGAAGAGGACAAGGUGUUUGCGAUCGUGGCCUGCACCAGCAUCGCCGCGAGUGCGCUCACGACCCCGCUCGACGUCAUUCGCACGCGGCUCCAGACGCAAACGCUCUCAACGGUGCCGAUGGCGAAGCAGCCUCUCGCUCUUCAGUACAAAGGGUUCUGGGACGCUGCGCGCCAGAUUCAUGCACGAGAAGGCGCGCGCGGCUUCCUCCGCGGGAUUCUCCCCCGGGUCGGCUCGAAUGCGCCCUUUAUGGUGCUUACGGUCGCCAUCCACAUGGCUCUUGAGGCAAAGUAAAGCUAUUUCUAGUCGAAAACAUACUAGUCUACUGGGGUGCGCACCACUGCAUCAAUCUGUUGACCACGU